CAUGUUUCCCUAAUGGUCACGUGGUCACUACUUGUAAAACAAACAAAAAAUAGCCACGGAUUAUAUAGCCAGUAAAGAAGUAAAUGAAAGUCCACUAAUAAUGUAUUAUACAUCGACUAGAAUACUAGAUUUACCAUGGAUAUAUCUGCUCUGUCUUACCCUGCUGAGCCCCUAUUCAUUUGCUGGUAAAAUGAAGAUUGUUGAGGAACCAAAUACAUUUGGGCUCAACAAUCCCUUUUUGGCCCAAGGAAGUAGACUCCAGCCCAAGGUGACUCCAGGCCCAGUGUCAGGACCAGCACAUCUCCGCCGACUAGCAGGAAAGUGCUUCAGUUACAUAGAGUCCACGUAUAAAUAUGAAUUCUGUCCAUUCCACAACAUCACCCAGCAUGAGCAGUCAUUCAGGUGGAACGCUUACAGUGGCAUACUGGGAAUCUGGCAGGAGUGGGAGAUUGUGAACAACACCUUUUUGGCCAUGUGGAUGAGAGAGGGAGAUGCCUGUGGGAAUAAAAAUAGGCAAACAAAGGUCAUUCUGAACUGUGGUGGAAGUAGCAAGUUGGCUCAAGUGUCAGAGCCCACUACCUGUGUGUAUUCUCUAAGCUUUGAGACCCCACUUGUAUGCCACCCACAUUCUCUCUUAGUGUACCCAACUCUGAGUGACAAGCUGCAGAUGGAAUGGGAUGAAAUCGAACAGGCCCGCUAUGAGAACCUCAUUACUGAGCAGGGCUACAAUAAUCUACUGAGGGAUAUUUUUGAGGAUGCUGGUUUCCUAAAGAGCCAAAAGGUAAAGGAGAAGCCGGAUAUCACAACUACCUCAAAGACGCAUGAUUCCUUGCAGAAAUGCAAUGAGGAUGUCCGUAAACAGAGGGAAGAGAUUGAGAGAUUGCAAGGUCUCCUCACUCAACACAACAUUCCCCAUGAGUCAAAGGCAGCUAAGGCGAAGAUUCCAGUGAGUGUGACUAUGCAAAAUCGGCACCUGAGAGGGGACAACGGCCUCAUCGCAGACUUACUCUGAGGAUUCUAGACAUUUACACAAAAUAUUGCAGACCACUAACUGAACAGCAGAGAAGGCAGAUGUCACACAAUAAACAUGGCAGUUCCACAUUAGAGAAUUCAAGUAAAAAAAAAAAAAAAAAUUAUUCUAAAUACAAUUUUAGAUAAACAACCAUGUUUUCUUGACUGUGAGGCGUACCUGUACUCCCCAAUGGCAUAGCUACAUCCUUAGAAUAUUUAUUUUUCAACUCCAUUGUCUGUCUGGACAGAAAUCAUACCUCUGCUAUCAAAGGAAGUACACUGAAGAUGUAAAUUGUUUGAUCCAGAAAAUACAUUUAAGAAAAUGAAAAGUUACAGCCUUGAGCUAGGCAAGUCAGGUAAGAACAAAUUGUUAUUUACAGUGACUGCCUUCCCUGGCCAAACCCUCCCCUAACCCGGAUGACGCUGGGCCAAUUGUGCGCAGCCCUAUGGGACUCCCGAUCACAGCCAGUUGUGAUACAGCCCGGGAUCGAACCAGGGUCUGUAGUGAUGCCUCUAGCACUGAGAUGCAGUGCCUUAGACUGCUGUGCCACUCGGGACCCCAAAUGCCAAUUAUUUUGUCAUAUGACAUUUAAAAAGGUGCUUAAACAGGCUUCUUCUUGUAGGCUGUUUACAUAUAUUCUUAUUGUUUAACUGGCGAUACGCCAUCCCAUCUGGUUUGCGCUUAGUGGGACAAUAAUUUGUUUUUCAACAGGACAAUGACCCAACACACCUCCAGGCUGUGUAAGGGCUAUUUGACCAAGAAGGACAGUGAUGGAGUGCUGCAUCAGAUGACCUGACCUCAACCCAAUUUAGAUGGUUUGGGAUGAGUUGGACCGCAGAGUGAAGGAAAAGCAGCCAACAAGUGCUCAGCAUAUGUGGGAACACCUUCAAGACUGUUGGAAAAGCAUUCCAGGUGAAGCUGGUUGCUAGAAUGUGCAAAGCUGUCAACAAGGCAAAGGGUGGCUACUUUGAAGAAUGUAAAAUAUUAAAUAUAUUUUGAUUUGUUUAAAAAUGUUGGUUACUACAUGAUUCCAUGUGUUAUUUACAAUGACUGCCUUCCCCAACCAAACCCUCCCCUAAACUGGAUGAAGCUGGGCCAAUUGUGCGCUGCCUGUUGUUUCACUAUUAUUCUACAUUGUAGAAAAUAGUAAAAAUAAAGAAACUCUUGAAUGA